UUUCCUUCCCUCCUCCUCCUCCUCUCUUUCAUUCUUUCGUUCAUUCGUUCUUUCCUUUUUGGCAGAAAGAAGGGGAUCAAGCUGCUGUCUCAAGACUCAAGACUCAAGACUCAGAUGCCUCUUUCCCGGAGGAGGCUCGCCUCCUUCUGCCUAGGAUUCAUAGUCCUCUCGGUGACCCUUGGGGUUCUACUGACUGUCCUAUUGACUCGAAGAGGAGAGUCCCAUCAUUGUCUCCCUCCAAGAUUCGCGGUCGCCGCUGUCGCUGCUGACACAAGGACCUGCUCCCAGGUUGGAAGAGAUUUGCUGAAAGCUGGAGGGUCAGCGGUGGACGGAGUCAUUGGGUCUUUGGUCUGCACUUCGGUCUUGAACCCGCAAAGCAUGGGCCUUGGUGGAGGGGUCAUCUUCACCAUUUAUGAUGCCCAGAAAGGAGACGUGAAGGUGAUCAAUGCUCGGGAGCGUGCGCCCCAGCAUUUCAGCGAGGAUUUAUUAAAACAAUGCCAGGAGGGGCUAUUACAAGGGCCUCAAUGGAUCGCUGUUCCUGGGGAACUCAGAGGAUAUCAAGAAGCCCACCGGCUCUAUGGGAAACUCCCUUGGAAGGAACUAUUUGAACCCACAAUCCAGAUCCUUCGCUCUGGAACCCAGAUCUCAGACAUCCUGAACCGGUUCUUGAUCCACCCAAAAUUGCGUCAUGCUUUGAAACACUCAUCUUUACGGAAACUCUUCACUAAUAAAAGCGGAAACUUUCUGAGGUCUGGAGACCUUCUUUGGUGGCCUUCUUUAAUGCGGACGCUUCAAGUGGUGGCCGAAAAUGGAACCGACGAAUUUUAUUCAGGGGAAAUUGCGAAGAAGAUGGUUCAGGAUGUUCAGAAAGAAGGUGGCAACUUGACCCUGGAGGACCUCCGGAGUUACAAAGUGAGCGUACGAGACGCCAUAAAGUCCGAAUUGAAGGAAUAUUCCAUUUAUUCUGCCCCUCGACCUGCUGCUGGUCCAGUUUUGUUCUUCAUCCUCAACAUCCUCAAAGAGUUUAAUUUCACCAAAGACACUAAGAAAGCUGAGGCCUACCAUUACAUUGCGGAGGCCCUGAAGUUCGCCAACGGACAAAAAGUGAAACUGGACGAUCCACAAUUUUCCAAAAUUGGAGAGGAAGAGUUGAGGGAAUUGAUUUCGGACCGGUUUGCUAAUAAGGUCCGGAAACGGAUCGACUCACGAGGAGACCAUCCUUUGGGACAUUAUGAUAAUGUGAACUUGACCGGAUCGGGGCCCUUUGGGACAUCCCAUGUGGCCGCCGUCGACCAAGAGGGGAAUGCUGCCUCUGCCACCAGCACCAUCAACCACCCCUUCGGUUCGAUGGUUUAUUCAGAGCAGACGGGAAUCAUCCUCAACAAUGAAAUGGCGGACUUUUGCAUGAAGCAAUCAGAGCGAAAAAUCUUUCCUGACGAGAUGCCUCCUUCAUCGAUGGUUCCUUCAAUUCUUCUUUCCAAAGACCAAAAGGCAAAGUUGAUUAUUGGUGGAUCAGGAGGGACGCUAAUUAUUCCCGCUGUUGCCCAGGCCAUUGCGAACAAGUUAUGGUUGGGGUACAAUUUGGAUGCUGCGAUUGAGGCACCAAUCCUUUAUGCCAACAAGAAUAAUUCCAUCAAAGUGGAGUCAAAUUUUGAUAAGGAAACCAUUGCUUUCCUACGUGACAAGGGCCAUACCAUCGAAGUAAAUAAAUUCAUGCUGAAUGUCGUUCAAGGCAUUUCCAAGGACGGGUCUUGCCUUUUCCCCUAUUCAGACCUCAGGAAGAAUGGAGAAGCUUCUGGAUACUGAGAUUUUGUUGUUAUUAUGAUUAAUUAUUAUUUUUGAACCUCAAAUCCUGAAAAUUUGCAUGUGAAGAAUGCGAGCGGUGCCAAAGCAAUUACCAAAUGCAGACAAUUACCUCUAUUUUGAAAUAUAUAUAGAUAUAGAUUGACAGAAAGAGAGACAAUUAUGGCUUUUAUUGUCCUAUGGGAUUUGUAGUUCGGACCUGUGCUUUCUUUAAAAAGGAACGAUAGGAUUUGUAGUUCGUAUGGGAAUACAUGAGAGUGGAUAUGUCUUAUUUUGGGAUUUGUAUUUUGGUAAAAUUAGCCAGAAAUCGUGCCUUAAAUGGACCAUGGGAUGUGUAGUUUGGAUGGGAAUACAUGAGAGUGGAUGUAUGCCUUAAAGGCAUACAGGAAUAGACCAGAGCAGAUUUGUAGUACGGCAAACUUGUAGCAUGGCUAUGCCUUAAAGGGAACAGACCAGAGUGAAUAUGUCUUAUCUUGUAACUCAGAGUUUUGCAAAAUUAGACCUGACUUGAUGGCACUAUGGGAUUUGUAGUUUGAUGAGACUAGAACAGAACAGCCCUUUAAAGGUGAGCUUGGAAUUUAUAGUUGUGGUGGGGAUAUGCUGAGAAAAUGUACUCUGUAGCUCCUCAAUAAUAUUAUAGCAGCCUUGGGAUGUGUAGUUUGCUUUUUCUAGCUAGGAAUUGUUUCGGGAGUUGCCACACUGUGAAGUCUAUAGUAAGCAAUGUUUUCUUGUGUUGUGUUGCAUUUUUAUGUUAUGUAAAUGAGCAACCACUUAAUACCUGGAAUAAUGUGAUUUUUACCAAUUGAAAAAAUAGAUAUAUAUAUAUAUGCUGUCUGUAAGAGAAUUAUCUAUAUAUCUAUAAUAUAUACACAAACUCUAUUUCUGUCCUAGAGCCCAGUUUCUUGCUUAAAUUUUAAUAAAUGCAUCGCAAUUAUAAUUUUUAUAACGGCAUUAUAAAAUUGUAAUUGGAUAUCAGAGUUUUCGGAUAAUAUGGGUAUUUCUACCUUGUGAGUCUGAAAUCAAUUUCCAAUAAGACUCGCAAAAAUAUAGCAUAUGGAUUAUAUGCAAAUUAGAUGCAUACAUUGUUUAUAUGCAAAUGGAUGCAAAAUGAGGAAUAAAAAUUUGAGGUGAUCGCCCGCA